AUGGCAACUCUGACGCUGACGAGGGAACAGUACCCGCCCCGGCUCUCCCAGUCGGAGCAAGACGCCCUCGUCCAGACCGUCAAGGACUGGGCCAUCGGCAAUGGCCUAUCAGUCCGGCCGCCUCCUGCGGUCGUGACGCCGGAGUCGGACCCCAAAGGUAUUCUUGCGGUCAACGUACCCGUAACUCUGUUCCCUAGUCCUUUCCCUAAGGGAUGCUUCGAGCAGGCGAGAGCCGUGCAAAAAACAUAUAAUGAGCUCUAUGCCGCCAUCAGCAGGGAUGAGGAGUUUCUGAGUGCCAUGGUGGAUGUGGUCAAGGGAGGCGACGAUUUUAUCGGCAAGCUGUGGGAUACCCAUGUGCGAGUGAAGAAGGAGGGAUAUACUCAACGCCUCUCCCUGGGAUUGUUCAGAUCAGACUAUCUUGUCCACCAGGAUACCUCCUCAGGCGAACCUAAGCGCCAAGUCAAGCAGGUCGAGUUCAACACGAUAGCUUCAUCCUUUGGCGGCCUUUCAUCCCGAACCUCGCUCCUCCAUAAGUUCCUUUCCGUGGCAGAGUACCCUCUGCUGGAUCACCCCAUCGAGUCUGGGUCCCUCAACCUGCCCGAGAACAAGAGCGUCCAAGGCCUCUCCGGUGGCAUCCGCGCCGCUUACGACGCCUACGGCCCAUCGGAACUCGGCCACAAAAAGUGCGUCAUCUUCGUCGUCCAGGGCGGUGAGAGGAACAUCUUUGACCAGCGCCACCUCGAGUACGCCCUCGUCAACGACGCCGCCGACCCCGUCACCGUCUUCCGCAUCCCCUUCUCCGAGCUCCUGCAGCACACCACCGUCGCCGACACCCCCAAGCGCCAGCUGCUCUACAAGCUGCCCCGGGACCCGAGCAAGGUGUUCGAAGUCGCCGUCGCGUACCUGCGGUGCUGGUACGACCCGUCCGACUACCCGGACGAGAGCGCCUGGGAGGCCCGCUACCACCUCGAGAGGUCGUCUGCCAUCAAGUGCCCCACCGUCCUGACCCAGCUGGCCGGCAGCAAGAAGAUCCAGCAAGUACUGGCGACGCCGAGACCAGCCGCCGGGGGAGCCUCGCCCUCUGUCCUUGGCCGCUUCAUCCCCGACGACGCACCCAGCACGGCCGCUGUCUUUGAGACUUUCACCAACAUCUUCCCGAUGGACACCUCCGAGGCCGGUCUCAAGGCGCGCAAGAUCGCGCAGGACCCGGAGCUGUGCAAGAGCUACGUCCUCAAGCCGCAGAGGGAGGGCGGCGGCAACAACCAUUACCGCGAGGACAUUCCCGAGUUUUUGAAGAAGACGCCCGAGACGCACUGGGGUUCGUACAUCCUAAUGGAGCUCAUCACGCCGCCGAAGCAGGACAACAUCAUCCUCCGCAACGGCAACCUCGAAGAAGGCGGCGUCAUCUGCGAGCUUGGCAUCUACGGCACUACGGUGUGGGAUCAGGGCACCGGCAAGGUGGUUCACAACGAAGAGGCAGGCUAUCUGCUCCGCACUAAGGGCGAUACUAGCAACGAGGGCGGUGUCGCCGCGGGCUUUGGAUGCAUGGAUAGCUGUACGCUCGUCUAA